AUGUCCAAAAAUCAAAAAAGACUGCGAUGCAACCGCGUGCAGCCCUGCUGGAACUGCUCGUCCCGGGGCCUCGCCUCAUCAUGCGCCUUUCCCGACACCAGCACCGUCGUCCCGUCCGCGUCCACGCCCGCCACGGCCGCCGCCGCCAGCUUCCAAGACCGCAUCAACCAUCUCGAGGGCCUCGUCGUGCAGCUCCUCCAGCAGGAUCCUCCUUCCGAUACAUCGAUAAUCCCGCCUCAGCUAUGCGCCAAAUGCACUGAGCCUCUUGCUCCCGCGCCAGUCGCGACAACGACGACAACGACGGCCGUCACCUCGCCGUUGUCGUUGUCGUCGUCGUCGUCGUUGCAUGCGCCCGACAUUGGCAGGCUGAAAAUCGACAGCGCAAAGAGCGCCUACGUCAGCAGUCCGCACUGGAGUGCCGUGCUCAGCGGCCUAUCCGAGCUCAAGGCCCUUUGGACGGCCGCCGACGCCGAUGACGACGACGACGACGACGACGAUUUCUUCCCCGGCGACCAGAGCGACAAUCAGUACUACAAGGGAGAAGAGGCCGGAGAUGACCACGAGACGCCGCAGCGGCCACUGGCUGCGCCGACGCUGGGCAAGAGGCGCUUUCAGCUGCUGUUUGGCGGGCACAGGACGCACUUACUCGACGACAUUCUUGGGGCCAUGCCGGCGCGCGAGGUCGUGGAUCGGCUGGUGCUGCUGUACUUUAACAACAUGAUGUUGCCGCGUGCGUCGACGACUACCCACACGAAAUUCGCCAUCAUCCAUUCUGGGAGCUUCCUCCGCCAGUAUGAGAAAUUCUGGACAUCACCCCAUGAAACACCCAUCUUAUGGAUCGCCAUGCUCUUUGGCAUCAUGAGCGUCGCGAGCCAGACCGAAGCUGCAUGGGCCCUCUACAGCUACAGGCCUCCUCCCUCCUCCUUCGCCUCCAGCCGUAGUCCCUCUUCCUCAACACCGCAACCAUCUCUGCCGCUCUCCUCCCCGUUCCCGCUCUCCACCCCUCCGUACGUCGACCAAGUCGUCGCCUGCCUCAUCCUCGGCGAGUACACCAAGGGCGGCGCCUACGCCAUCGAGGCCCUGCUGCACUACCAGUUCAUCGAGGUCACCAGCUCCGCCGACGUUCACGCCGAUGCGUGGCUGCUCUCGGGCAUUGUGACCCGUCUCGCCUACCGCAUGGGCUAUCACCGCGACCCGUCGCAUUUCCCGUCCCUCAGCGCCUUCCAGGGGGAGACGCGCCGCCGACUGUGGAUCACCGUGCACGCCAUGGACACCAUGAUCUCGGCGCAGAUGGGCCUGCCGCGGCUCAUCAAAGCGGGCGCCGCCGACGUACGCCUCCCGCGCAACCUGUACGACGCCGACCUUGAUCCGGACUGCGCCACGCUGCCCCCCGAGCGACCCUGGACUGAGCUCACCCCGACACUGCACCUCAUUGCUAAGCACCGCCUGUUCGUCGUCAUCGGCACCAUUACCGACUUCAACAUGAGCGUUGGCCCCGAGGGUCCUGCGCCGACCGUGGCGCGCGAAAAGGAGCUGACCAAGCUCAUCCAGGACACGUACGACCAGCUGCCGGACAAGUGCAAGUUUCACAGCAUGCUCGGCUGCAUCGCUGACAAGGCCGCCGACAUUAUCCACCGCAUCGGCGCCAGCGCGCUGUUGCAAAAGGGUCUCAUCGCCAUCUACUGGCACCGGCUCAUGGCGCGCGACGCGCGCGACGAGGCCGAGCAGCUGCGCGACGCCGUCGGUGACCGCGCGCACGUCCGCCAGUCGUACGCCAUGUGCAUCCGCGCCGCGGUAAAGGUGCUUGGCCUCCAGUCCAUUGUCGAGAGCGAGUCCAAGCCCGGCGGCGGGCUCUUUCCGCAGCGCAUCCAGGCGUCGUCCGUCAUCAAGCACGAGUUUCUCAUGAGCACCGUCGUGCUGUGCCGGCACAUGUACCGUGUCCUGGCCGGCCCGUUUGGCUCCCCGCUGCUCGAGGCGGUUCUCGAGCGGCGCAGCGGAGGCGGCCAUGAUUAUAACGAGGACAAUGAUGCGGACAGCGCGGCGCUCCCCGGUCCAGAGGUCGUCGAGGCCGCGCUACGGCACUCGCACAGCAUCUGGCAGAGGGGUAGCGCCGUGUCGUCUGAGGCUAGGCGCAUCUCGUCCAUCCUCGACGCACUGUUUGGGAAGCUUGGAACCAAGUCUCCCUCACCAGAUGAGUCAGUUCCGACAUUGUCGUCGCCAUUCGACGGCAUCGACCCGGGACUGGCUCUGCUCGACGAAUUCGGGCUUCUGCAUCAUUUACAGGAUAUGAAUAGCUGCUUCGACAUGUAA